AUGAGUUCUAUUCAGCCAAAAAUCGCAAUACAUUGCUUUUCAUAUGAUAAAAUCACCGAAAACUUUAGACCAAUAGCACAUAUUGAAGAUCAGAUCUUCAAUAUCAAUGAAACAAACUAUAAUCAGAAUCUUGAACAACUCAAGUUUGGAUUAGAAAAGAACGCGUUCUAUAUUUCAAGAUGCAUCAGUAAGGCAGCAACAUUCAAACUAUUUAACUGGAAACUUUAUUAUAAAUUAAUUACAGAUUUACAUAUUAAUCUCUCAACGAUCACUGCUCACUAUUUCAAAGAAUACAUUCGAAAAUAUAAGGACCCUAGUUACAUUUCAUAUGAUUUUAAUGAAAAUUACACUUUAUCAGAUAUUGAAUCUGUUUUUAUACCUAAAACACCUGAAUACGAAGCUUCACAUAACAACAUAUCAUAUUUCAAAUCAUUGACAAUUGAUGACCAGCUGAUUAAACGUGAAACUUGGAUUCCUUUGGACUUUGAAUUUUUCUUUACAGAAAAAUGCGGACAAAAGGUCAAUCUUCUUGAUAUAGCUGCUCUAUGUGGUAGUGCUGAUGUAUUUGAGUAUCUUCUUGCAAAUGGAUUUAAAAUUACAAGCAGAUCAACUUAUUUUGCCUUAAUUGGCGGAAACAUUGACAUUUCAAUGAAGUGCUUAAAUGUAAUAUGGAUGUCCGAUGCUAUACACGUAGCAGUGGCCGCUCAUCAGAAUAAUUUGCUGAAUUAUUUAGUUGAAAAUGGUUUCAACAUUAGAAUUCCUUUAUCUAUCAUCUUCUACGAAUUCAACACAUAUGCCUUUGGCAACUUGGUCGGUCAAAACAUUGCUAAAAUUGAUAAAAUGAUGUCAAAAUUUUAUAUUAAAAAUUUGACGGCCAGUAUUCGCUUUAAUUUAGCUUGUUACGCAAAUUACUUCAUUGAAAACAAUGUUGCAGAUAAUGUCAAUGAGUUUGGUUAUUCAAAUCUUUGUAUUUCUUGCGCAUAUGCUGAUUAUGAGAUUAUUGAGAAAUUAAUUCAGAAAAACCUUGACGUAAACCAUCAAACAGAUGAUGGAGAAUGUCCAUUUACUAUUGCAUUAUCAAGAAAUCGCUUUGAUGUCUGUAAUUUGCUCAUUUCAAAUGGAUGUGACUUUCUUUCGAAGCCAGAUGAUGUUCAGAAGUUACUAUUGAACCUUAAAUUGCAAAACAAACAAAAGGCAGUACAAUAUAUUGAAUCAAAAAUGAAUUCUCAAAAAUGA